CUCUACGUGAUGGCCAUGGAGCUGGUGGACUCGAUGAACGGAGAUGAGAUCGACGCUAUCUUGGAGGACGAUGGGCACCAGCCUGGAGGCGGCGCGCGAGGGCUUGGUCGUGCCCGACGACGACCUGGACGCGGAGGAAUGGAAGGAGCAGCUGAGGGCGGCCGACGACCGGAAGAUGUCUUUGGAGCAGUACCUCAACGAGGCCAACGACAGGCUUGGCGAUCUCCCGGUUCGGUUCCAUGUCGACAACAACAAGGCGCUGGCCCGCGCCGCUGACCAAGGGCCCUCGACGGCGUGGAGGCCAUGCAGGCGACGCAGGGGCAGAUGGCGGCGCGCCUGCGGGCCUACGCGGGCGAGCGGGGCAGGC